AUGGGUGUCCCGGCUCUCUUUCGAUGGCUUACCAAAAAGUAUCCCAAGAUUAUCUCUCCCGUGAUCGAGGAACAACCUUACGAGAUUGAUGGCGUGCAAUACCCCGUGGACACCACCAAGCCCAACCCGAAUGGAGAAGAAAUGCACAACCUCUAUCUUGAUUUCAACGGCAUCGUCCACCCCUGUUCGCACCCUGAGAACAAACCUCCUCCAGCAAAUGAGAGCGAGAUGAUGCUGGAAAUUUUCAAGUACACAGAUCGUGUCGUAAAUAUGGUGCGACCGCGGAGACUGUUGAUGAUCGCAAUUGAUGGGGUUGCUCCUCGAGCCAAGAUGAACCAGCAACGAGCUCGUCGUUUCCGGUCGGCAAGAGAUGCGAAAGAGGCGGACGAAAAGAAGGCAGAGUUUCAAACCCUCCUUCGCCAACAGCAGCGUGAUGGAGAUGAUGACGAAGACGAAGAAACAGUGGACGACGUAAUCAAGAAAACAUGGGAUAGUAAUGUCAUCACACCUGGCACGCCUUUCAUGUUCAUUCUUGCUCAAUCUAUUCGAUAUUGGGUCCAGUGGAAACUGAACACGGAUCCUGCCUGGGCUCAACUGAAGGUCAUUAUCUCAGACGCCAGUGUGCCCGGAGAAGGUGAGCACAAGAUUAUGCAGUUCAUUCGUUCCCAACGCUCGGAUCCUGCCUAUGACCCAAACACAAGACACGUCAUGUAUGGACUUGACGCAGACUUGAUCAUGCUUGGAAUCGCCACCCAUGAGCCUCACUUUCGCGUCCUUCGAGAAGACGUUGAACUCAGAGAUGCCAAAGCCAAGACCUGCAGGAUCUGCGGUCAACAAGGUCAUUAUGCCGAGAACUGCAGAGGCGAAGCCAAGAUAAAAUCAGGCCAGUUCGAUGAAAAGGGCACUACAGAAGAGCUGAAGCCAUUUGUCUGGCUAAAUGUGCCCAUCCUACGUGAGUAUCUCGGUGCAGAGAUGUUUGUUCCUGGCCAGACGUUCCGUUUCGAUCUUGAGCGUGCCCUUGACGAUUGGGUGUUUAUGUGUUUCUUCGUCGGCAAUGACUUCUUGCCUCAUCUUCCUAGUCUUGAAAUCAGAGAAGACGGCAUCGAUAAGCUUAUUGCCAUCUGGAGAGACAAUAUUCCCCUUAUGGGUGGUUACUUGACUUGCGAUGGACGAGUUGAUCUUGCACGAGCCCAAAUUAUUCUACAGGGUUUGGCGAAGCAAGAGGACGCUAUCUUCAAACGCAGGAAAGAAGUGGAAGACAGGCGAGCUCGAAAUGAACAGCGCCGCAACCAAGCCAAUGAAGCUCGAGAGGCUCGCGCUGCAAAGAGACGACGUAGCUCCCCUGAUUACAGCAAAGGUGGCAGGGCGGAUGCUCGGGUACCGACUGGACCUGUUGAGACGUUCGAGGCUUCUAACUUUCCGGUUCUGGACUACAAUUCUAUUGUGAACAGAGCUGCUGUCGACAAAAGCCUGGCGUCAAACAAAAGCGCAGCAGCGGUGCUGAAAGAGCAGAUGCUCGCACGAAAGGCGGCUGAGACACCUACUAAGAAUGGUGCUAACGGCAUCAAUGGCACCCCCAAUUCCUCAGCCGGAAGUCCUUCGUCAAUCCUGGGCAAACGAAAGGCCGGAGCAUUGGAAGAAGACGUGGAAAAUGAAGGGACCCCUGCAUCGGCAGUAGACAAGCUGAAAGCGGCCACGAUGGAUGAAGAGUCAGAUAGUGCUGGCACUCCUGGAAGAAAUACGCCUGUUGAGAAAAAGACUUUCGACAACGGAGAUCCCAACAACCCUCCACCAGAUACAGUCCGCUUGUGGGAGGAGGGAUAUGCCGACCGCUACUACGAGCAGAAGUUCCAUGUGGAUCCCAAGGACAUCAGCUUCCGCCACAAGGUGGCUGAAGCCUACGUCGAAGGGCUAUGUUGGGUGCUUCUCUACUAUUUCCAAGGAUGCCCGUCUUGGACGUGGUACUAUCCUUAUCACUACGCUCCGUUCGCUGCAGACUUUGUCGAUAUUGAUAAAAAGACAGUCAAGUUCGAUAAAGGAACGCCGUUCAAACCAUAUGAGCAGUUGAUGGGCGUGCUACCAGCAUCUUCCAAUCAUGCCAUCCCGACCGCUUUCCAUCCGCUCAUGACCGAUCCCGAAUCCGACAUUGUCGAUUUUUACCCAGAGGAGUUCGACCUCGAUCUCAAUGGUGCGAAGCAAUCCUGGAAAGCCGUUGUGUUGCUACCGUUCAUUGACGAGAAACGACUCCUUUCGGCCAUGGCCACAAAGUACCACUUGUUGACGGAUGACGAGCACGCCAGAAACGAGCGCGGCCAUGAUGCUCUGAUAAUAUCUGAUCAGAAUCCUUUGUACGACACCUUGGCGAUGAAAUUUUACUCGAAGAAAGCCAAAGGCGGUCCAAACACCGUGAAGCUGUCAAUGCAAAAGAAUCAGCUGGCUGGUGAGGUGAUCAAGAACGAAGAUUUCCUGCCUCAUAUGGACCUUGUUGGGCCGCAAGACGACAUCAGGCUGGAGCCUGACGUUGACGAUGAUCGCUCGCUGAAUGUAUUUUUCACGAUGCCACCUCCUACCCACGUUCACAAGUCCAUGCUGUUCCCAGGGGUUGUCUUGCCUCCUCCUGUUCUUGACAAGAGCGACCUGGCCAUGGUGCGAUCGAAGGCUAGGGUAUCGGGUAGAGACUUUGGCGGUGCGCCACUAUAUGACAACACUCGACGUGACCGUUUUGAUACGCAGAAUCGCGGAGGACGUAUCAACUACGCUGCCGACCGACCUCCCAUUGACGCAGGCCCUCCUGGUAUACCACCACCGAGUCAAUGGCCUCCGGGCUUGCCUCCCCCUCCCCCACCGGGCUACGGUGGUCCAGGAGGUUACAACCGAAAUCCGCCACCGGCAAAUGGUUAUGGAGGAUAUCAGGGUUAUGGUGGUCAGGAUCAAGGCUAUUAUGGCCAACAAGGGCAGAACCAAAACUACGGCGGACAAGGCUCCAACCAGUACCCCGGCGGUAACGGACAAUAUCAACAGAAUGGUGGAAGAUCUUUCAGUGACGGUUAUUAUCAAGGCCAAAAUCGGGGACCGCCAGCGAGGGACAACCGAAGUGGAAACUAUGGAGGCAACGGCGGGUAUGGCCGAGGUGGUUAUGGUCGACGCUAA